AUGUGGAUCAAACCAGGCAUGUGGUGGACACCUGACAGUCGGCCCGGGUUUUCCGCUAAUAUUGACAGCAAUACAUUCUAUAAGAUGGACGAUCUGCAAGUUAACAAUCAGUCCAUUGGCAACAUCAUUAAAGACUACUACAUACCCAAUAAUUGCGCCGUAUUGACUACCACCAGUUACAUGAAGAAAUAUAGUCAAUACUGGUCACUGGAAAAGGAAAUGGUAUCGCUCCAGAUUGUGCGGACUCACACAAAGUCUUUAGAGUAUCUAGGCGCUAGGCUUGUUGCUAUAUUUGUCGGUGGUACAAGUGGAAUUGGUCUUUACACUGCGAAGGAGUUCGUUCGCCACACCACCUCUCCAAUCAUUUACCUUGUUGGUCGCAACAACACCUGUGCGGCCCAAAUUAUUAAAGAUUUGAAGUCGCUGAAUGAGGAGGCCCAGAUCCAUUUUAUCAAAGCUGAUGUAUCACUCUUGAGAGAGGUUGAUUUGGCAUGUGAUUUCAUUCAGCACCAGGUCACACAUGUCAACGUCUUGUUCCUGAGCUGUGGCAUCUUCACUCUAAAUCGAAGAGAAGAAACUGUCGAAGGCCUCGACAGAAAACUAACUCUUCACUAUUACGCUCGUAUGCGCUUCAUUUACAACCUAAUUCCUCAAUUAGCCAAUGCUAGUCAUAUUGGAAAUAGCAGCAAUACCCUUGCCCGUGUUGUAUCCGUCCUAGGUGCAGGCCACGAAACAAAGCUUCACCUGGAUGAUCUCGACCUCUGGGAACAUUAUAGUGUCCAGACUUGCGACACCCAUACCACAACUAUGACCUCAUUGAUGUUGAAAGAGUUUGCGUCACGAUAUCCCUCAAUAGCCUUUGUUCAUACAUAUCCCGGGAUUGUGAAGUCGGGAAUUGCUCGGGAAGCUGGUCCUGUUGUGAGCCACAUUAUCAAGGCAGCAAUGUGUCUCGGUCGGCUAUGGAUGGUCCCGGAGAAAGAGAGCGGGGAAAGGCACCUCUUUGCAGCGACAAGCAGAAAAUUUCCCCCAAAAGCAGAGGCUCCAGUCAGAGAAAUCUCAAAGGGUGCCUAUUUGCUGAACUGGGACGGCUCUGAGGUGGGCAAUGAAGGACUCCUUGAGGACUAUCUUGUAAAUGGUGUCGGUGACACAGUGUGGAAGCACACCGAGAAGAUAUUUAGGGGAGCUUUAAAUCACUAUGAUACCUAG